UUUUGGUAUCAUUCUAUACUUGAAUUGUUGAGUAAUAUCAAUUCUUUGAAACUCACUUUCAGUUAGUGGAGUUCAUCUUGACUGCAAAAGUGGACGUGCAUUGUCAGAAUAAUAAAGGACAAACAGCUUUAGACAUGAUUGAAGAGAUUGGGAGUAGAACAGCUAAGACGCUAAUUAAAGAAAUGUUAAAGACAACCGGGCUUAAUAUGAGCAUGGAAUUGCCAUCUGAUAAGCUAGAGCUAGAAAAAUACUUCUCUCGGAGCAUGGAAUUGCCCAUGACAGAUACUGAAAAAGCUAAUCCAGAAGAAAUUCAGACAGUUGAAGACCCCAAAGCUGUACUUGAGGAAAAAAUCACAAGUCUUCUUCAGUUUAGGAGUAAGCAUAAAUCAAGGGGGAAGCGAAACCCAAUAACCAGUUUGCUUAACCAAGAAGAUGAUCCAUCUUAUCCAGAAUGCCUGAUGGAAAGAAUGGAUUUACCAACCAAUUUGCUUAAGCACAAGCAUCUCAGUAAGUCUCUAGGACGCUCGCCUGCACUAACUGCGGAAGUCACCUCAACAAAUGGUUUGCACAAGCUUCAAUCCAAAGAGAAAGUUGAGACUGAAGAUGACAGUUCAUCUGAACCCGAAUCCUUGAAGGAAGCCAAAAAUACGCCGAACAAUCUACAGCAACAGAAGCAUCUCAGUGAAAAACACAGGAAUGAACUGGCUAACCUUUUCACAAGUCAUCGUUAUAAGCGAUACGAAGUACAUAGGGAAGCAUUUCAAAAUGCUAGGAACACAAUUAUACUGGUUGCUAUUUUGAUUGCCACAGUCACAUUUACUGCUGGCAUAAGCCCACCUGGAGGUGUGUACCAAGCAGAAGCAGGACCACUGAAAGGAAAAUCAACCGUGGGAAGAACAGUUGCUUUUAAGAUAUUUGCAAUAAGCAACAGUUUUGCAUUAUUUACAUCUCUGUCUAUUGUCAUUGUUUUAGUUAGCAUUAUCCCUUUCCAACGAAAGCAACUGAUGAAGCUAUUGGCCAUAACUCACAAAUUAAUGUGGGUUGCAGUAUCAUUCAUGGUAGUAGCUUUUGUUGCAUCCAUCUAUGUGAUUUUGCCACAAGGUCAUGGGACAGGAUGGUUGCUUGGGGCAAUUCUAGCUAUCAGUUCCGGAACAUUUGGAAUUGUGUGCUUUUAUCUAGGAGUUCUCAUAACCAAACACUGGUUGAGAAAGUUGAGGUGGAGGAAAGAAAAUGGUAGAAAGAAAGGAUUGCAUUUAGAGCACAAAAAAUCCAAACAAGGAGAAAACCUGUCUGAAUCCACUAAUUCUGAUGUUGAUAGCUCCACUUCUUUAGGAUACCAUACAUACUAAUGUUUGUAUUUCUUAAUUAGACAAAAAAGAAUAGCCAAAAAUGAAGAUUUGAUUUUGCAAGAACAGAUCCUUGUAAUCUGAAAGCUGCAUAAUUGAUAACUUACUAUGUCUUAUUACAUUUAAUUUUCUA